CUUAAACAUACUGAGGUCAAUGCCUGUGGCCUGGAUGUGACUAUUUCGCGGGAGGAAAGUAUUUGAAAGGAGCGCAUGUUUUUCUCUACGGAAGUGACCGCGAGACACUUAUGGCGGCACUCUGUCCAAUUCCUGAUUUCUUUGAAAGUUGCGUUGACGGCGUCUAGUUGGGACCUUUGCCAUAUUUCGUAAACCAACUUAUUUAUCAACGAAACUAAGCAAGGUUAGAAGGGCAUUGUUUGCAUUUCAUAAAGACGUUUUUUCACACUUAGUGAAAGUCUAGCUUGCUAGGUAGUGACCGAGAACCAGUGAAUGUUAUUCGUCUGGAUUCCUCGCUUUCGUAUUUAAUGACGGUUUUGCGUUGUAGGCUACUUUUUACGUUUUAUUUUUUCAUUCAUUUUCAGUGGAGUGUGGCGAAAGUGAGAUUUGAACUGAGCCCACGAUUGCCAUUGGCCAGUGUCUACUCGACCUGCAGUUUCGGGAGGGAAGAGGCUGGGUCCCGACUCAAUUGGAGUCGCUCGGGUUGUACCAUGCUGAAGACUCAUCACCGUUUACUUGGCAUUCACACUUUCUUCGGAGUUACAUCUAGAAUAUGGGGGUUUAUUCUGUACAUACUCAGGAAACAUUUACGGACGGUAGCGUUCUCCUGGCAUCCGCCAAACCCAGAUUAGUCUGUCGGACUGCCAGAUGAGGAGCGUGAUUCAUCACUCCAGAGAACGCGUUUCCACUGCUCCAGAGUCCAAUGGCGAUAAUCCAGUACCAAACGGUGCGUUAUGACACACUACCUCUGUUGCCUGUGUCCAGAAACAGACUCAAUGCAGUCAAGAGGAAGAUUCUGGUGCUGGACCUUGACGAGACCCUAAUCCACUCCCACCCUGAUAGGUUGGUGAGACCCAAAGUGAGACCAGGCACUCCACCAGACUUCAUCCUAAAGGUGGUGAUCAACAGACAUCCUGUCAGGUUUUUAGUACAUAAAAGACCGCAUGUGGACUUCUUCUUAGAAGUGGUGAGUCAGUGGUAUGAGCUGGUGGUUUUCACGGCCAGUAUGGAAAUAUAUGGCUCAGCCGUGUCUGACAAGCUAGACGGAGACAUCCUUAAACGAAGAUACUACAGACAGCACUGUACAUUGGAUCUGGGUAGCUAUUUUAAAGAUCUUUCUGUGGUGCACAAUGAUCUAUCUAGCAUAGUCAUCCUGGACAACUCGCCUGGAGCCUACCGCAUCCACCCUGGUUCACCUCAGAUGUCCGAUCCGUCCUCAGUCGAAAACUCCAUCAGCAUCGGCUAUGGGGAUUCGUCCAUCGGGGCUAGUAUCAGCACCUCCACUUCCUCUCUUUUUAGAAUGCCGUUUCUCCUGGUUUGCACGACCCCUUCCUCUGCUCUGCCCACAUCUCUCAAUCUCCAUGGUGUGACCCUUUUUAAGAAGAGGGAGGACAAAGACUGGGGGCCACAAAUACAGAGGAGGAGGGGGGGGGCGCUACGUAUUAUAAAAACAAAGUGGAGAGGGCAAGGUUUUUUUUUUUUUCCUGAAUGGAAACUCUUGCCUUUACAGUCCUUGGAUUCUGGGAGUUCAUGUCGAGUGUUUGUAUAAAUUUGUGAGUCUACUUUUUUUUUUAGAUAAAUUAUGUAAUCUUUUUAACUAUUGACUGGAAAUAUUGAUGAUAUGAGACUAAUGAGACUAAAGAAACCAGUCAUUUCUUAUUUCCCAUCCCAUCUUAUUAUAGUUUAUGCCGCUAGAACUCAACUCUCUCUCCACUACUAUACCCAGUCUAUCAUUCUCUCUCAACAUGUCUGUUAAUCUUUUCUGUUUAUCAUCUACCUUCUCAGGUAAGGGUACUUUUAAUAGUUUGGUUCUGGAGUUAAAGUUAAGAUUAAGGAACAACUGAUAA